AUGCCACCACCUUUCCUCACACUUGAUCCUAGAACGUCGCCGAUUACCUUGUCACCCUUCCCUUCACCAAAGAUAUCACCAAGGUCGGAUACGGACGACUUGGGGCCAAGUCAGGAUGAGGAUGAUUCAGUGUCUCCUCUAACGCCGAAUGACUACUCGAGGCUUUCAGGUUUCCCUCAGCUAUCAGGAUUUGACUUUGCCUUUGACAACCGGAGCAGUUCGGAUGAUCCACCAUCCCCUUCGGGGCCACGAAGGAUUUCAGAGGCCGCAUCGGUGGAACAGUUGAUACGACCUGCUUCGGUGGCUCGGAAUUCUGCAUCAUCAUCGUCAUCAUCAUCAUCAUCGGCCGCCCCCGCCGCCGCGCCACCUCCACUGUCAAUCGUCGUACCGCCAAGUACGGCAAUGGGAGGAGUUCACAGGCCGGCGGCGGCAGCCGAAGAUUCGGAAGCUCCACCUCCAUACUCCAGAUACGCCGGUGCAUCGCAACCACCCGCGGUCCUGAAUCCCGCAUGGGGGGGCGCGGCGGCUAGAGUCGCCGGGGCUCGUAAUGUGUCAUCCAUGGUGCCAGUCGCUGUGUACACCCGUGGGCAGAGAGGAUUUGCGCCCGUGGCCGGUGUGCCGGUCAAUGGCAACCCCCGAAGGCAGAGUGGGCAGAGGGGAUUGCAUGCGUUGGCUUUGGCAGAUCAAUCACAGCAGCAGGGUGGGCAGCUCAGUAGGCGGGAUAGCUGGAGGGAAAAGAUCACGGCGGGGUAUUGGGAGACCGAGGUUGAAGUCGAGACUGGGAGCGAAAACAAGAGACUGACGAGGAAAGGGCGGAGAUGCAUAUUUGCCGUCAUGGGUCUGGUCCUCCUGGUCAUCAUCAUAAUAGCAGUUGUAGUUGGCGUCGUGACAACCCGCAAGGAUGAAGAUGAUUCGGAUGACGAUGAUACGUCGAGGAAAUCAGCAAAUAUGGAAUCACUACUUCCGGAGCUACCCGAGGGCACGCACGUCGUCAAGCCUCGGGGUAUACCCGAAAAGCUGUAUUCGUGCGUUUCCAACCCGUCAUUUUGGAGCUGCGACCUGCCUAGCGAUUCACUAUUCCCCAAAAUUGUCGUACCAGACGGCGGUCCCGUCCUGCCGGAAUUCCGCUUCACAAUCCGGAAGGAGACAGGAUCCGGCUCGGACAUGCGCGCCAACUCGACCCCGGCCCCGGAGAACGAAACAGAUUACACCAACGUGGCAGAGGUGGACGAAGUGCGGGCGGAUCCAAAAUCCGGCCAUAUGACAAACUACUACAUAUCGCUGGUGACGCGGGACCCAAGCGCCAUAGACCAGGACCCGAGCCGGGCAACGGAUAAUGAGACCUCGUCCGCGUCUUUACGCGAGCCGCCGAGAGCCUCGGAAGUGAACGAUUCCUCCAAGUCCCCGAGGAAGAGGGGACUUCGCUCCAAGCGCCAGAGCCCCCCCGCGUCAGCGAAGAAUAUGCUCCCGGAGACCAUCGAGAGCCAGCCGCUCCGGUUCUUUGAUGGGGGGCUCGAGACGGAACAUUACGGAUUCCACAUGUACUACACCAAGACCAUCCGCGUUACCCCACCGACCGAAUCUUCGACACCCGAUCCGGCGGGCGGGCUAACCUUAAACGAGGGAGAGGGCACGGACGUUAGAUGGGAGCGAACCAGGUUUAAGGUCGUCAUCUGGACGAAGAAACUCUCGGACGGAAGAGCAGUGCUUGUUGACCCCCAGGGACGCAAAGUUCAGGCUUCGGCCGACACAGACGGUUUUCCGUACGCUGUUAGUAUUGUCCAGGACCGGCAUGGGGAUAGAGGCCCUAUAACACCCGGUCCCGGCCUCCCGGAGCCUGUCCAGGAGAAACUCGGAGAGAGUGAAAGGUGUCGGUGCGAAUGGACGAAUUGGCGGACGAAUCUGAGACAAUAAGUCCCUCUGGCCUACCCUCAUAGACCUGAAUCGUUCAGAUGAAAAGAAAAAAAAUCUGGUCGGGUACAUAGUUUCUACAUUUCCAUUUUUAUUUCUCCCGCUUCACUAUCCUUGCUGUAUCGUCUCCUUUUCUCUUUCAAGCCGGGUUUUCAUUGUUCUUUAAACUCCUUUUCUGCAUGCUACUAUCAUGGUUUGCUUGAUUACUUGUUUGACUGCUUUCUUUCCAAGGGCCGGGCGAAACUGGGGUGUCAUUGUAUUUUUCCGCAUUUUUUCCUUCUCGUUCUCAUUUCUCCAUCCAUCAUAAUUGCCCAACCAUCACAUCUAAGAGCAAGGCAAGGAACAAGGGUUUUUACGCAUGUAUGUAUGUAUGUAUGUAUGUAAUAUGUAUUCUAAGGCAUAAUCAUUGGAAAUGAGAAGAACCAAAGGAAUGUGUCAGUUCUGGUCACGGUAUGACAGCAUGAUAUACCAAGCGCCGUGAUGUUAGGGCGGUUGACGUCUGGCGUUUCUGGCCCUUUAUUUAUUUUUUGCUUUCCCUUCUUUCUUCAAAUAUUUUUCCAAAUCUUUUGAUUGUUUAAGGGUGUGAUACAACCGCUAUAUGAUAUUUGACCAGCUAGAUCAUAACACGAAAGCUCGAAGCGCGUGAAUUCCGCCGCUCGUCAAUGCCGUCCAAUAAUAUUAUUACAGCUCCUCUAGCCCCGGAUCAACCGCACAAUCCCCCCCAAAUUGAGAAGGAUGGAAGGCAUCACUAGUCGGCACUGACAAAGAGGGGGGAAAAACUAAAAAAAAUACUAUGAUAAUUAUUAUAACAACUGAUAAUCCCCGUUUUCAUAGUACAGAAUAGGGUACUCGGGUACAGU